GUAGCAGUUGAAACUCAGAGCACCAGUUCUGAGGAACUUGUUCCCAGCCCUCCUUCACCACUUCCACCCCCUCGUGUUUACAAGCCCUGUUUUGUCUGUCAAGACAAGUCAUCCGGAUAUCACUAUGGAGUCAGUGCUUGUGAGGGAUGUAAGGGCUUUUUCCGCAGAAGUAUCCAGAAGAACAUGGUGUACACAUGUCACAGAGAUAAAAACUGUGUUAUCAAUAAAGUUACCAGGAACCGCUGCCAGUACUGCAGACUACAGAAGUGCUUUGAAGUGGGAAUGUCCAAAGAAUCUGUCAGAAAUGAUAGGAACAAAAAGAAGAAGGAACCUUCCAAGCAGGAGUCCACAGAAAACUAUGAAAUGACAGCAGAGUUGGAUGAUCUCACUGAGAAGAUCCGAAAAGCUCACCAGGAAACCUUCCCCUCGCUCUGCCAGCUGGGAAAAUACACUACAAACUCCAGUGCGGAUCAUCGGGUUCGACUGGACCUCGGGCUUUGGGACAAAUUCAGCGAACUUGCAACAAAGUGCAUUAUUAAAAUAGUGGAAUUUGCAAAGCGGUUGCCAGGCUUCACAAGUUUGACCAUUGCAGACCAGAUAACUCUACUUAAAGCAGCUUGCCUGGAUAUACUGAUCCUUAGAAUUUGCACAAGAUACACACCGGAACAGGACACCAUGACCUUUUCAGAUGGCCUUACCCUGAACCGAACUCAGAUGCACAACGCCGGCUUUGGCCCGCUGACGGAUCUCGUGUUCACAUUUGCCAACCAGCUCCUGCCUUUGGAAAUGGAUGACACAGAAACGGGUCUCCUGAGUGCCAUCUGCUUAAUCUGUGGAGAUCGCCAGGACCUUGAAGAACCAAUGAAAGUGGAUAAGCUUCAGGAACCAUUGCUUGAAGCGCUGAAAAUCUACAUCCGAAAGAGACGACCCAACAAGCCUCAUAUGUUCCCAAAGAUCCUAAUGAAGAUCACCGACCUCCGCAGCAUCAGUGCGAAAGGUACCGUGCCGCCCGGUCGUCGUCUGGCAGCGGUGCCCGCGUUACGUUUCAGGGGAGACCUGG